GCGCUGGUGACCCUGGCCGACCAUCCGCUGCCUCCAGCCCAGUCCCCUCCUCCCGCCGCGGGUCACUGCGCCUGUGGCUCUGCUCCCCGCGCCGCGGCGCACACCGCGUUUCAGGUUAAUCCCGGGUUGGACCUGUUUUGCUCAUCCCUAAACCCAGAGAAGUGGAAUCUGCACACUGAAACUCUCCGGGGCUGAAGCGGCGGACUGGGCAUGCUCAGAAGCCAGGGUUGGCUUUGGUCUCAAGUAGGAGGAAGCUUUUGCACUCGCGAGGCAGCGGCGACUUUAGCGAAAGUUGAUCCGAGAGGGGAGGAAGCCCCGAGACGAGGAGCAGCGGCCCGAAGGAGCCCCGGCAGCCCGGAGGAGCAUGGGCACCCUGCGGGAUUUACAGUACGCGCUCCAGGAGAAGAUCGAGGAGCUGAGGCAGCGGGAUGCUCUCAUCGAUGAGCUGGAGCUGGAGUUGGAUCAGAAGGACGAACUGAUCCAGAAGCUGCAGAACGAGCUGGACAAGUACCGCUCGGUGAUCCGACCGGCCACACAGCAGGCGCAGAAGCAGAGCGCCAGCACCUUGCAGGGAGAACCGCGCACCAAGCGGCAGGCGAUCUCCGCGGAGCCCACUGCCUUCGACAUCCAGGACCUCAGCCAUGUGACCCUGCCCUUCUACCCCAAGAGCCCACAGUCCAAGGAUCUCAUAAAAGAGGCCAUCCUUGACAAUGACUUCAUGAAGAACUUGGAGCUGUCACAGAUCCAGGAGAUCGUGGAUUGUAUGUACCCUGUGGAAUAUGGCAAAGACAGUUGCAUUAUCAAGGAAGGAGAUGUGGGGUCACUGGUCUAUGUCAUGGAAGACGGGAAGGUUGAAGUGACGAAGGAAGGCAUGAAGCUGUGCACCAUGGGUCCCGGAAAAGUGUUUGGGGAGCUGGCUAUCCUUUACAACUGUACCCGGACAGCGACCGUCAAGACUCUUGUAAAUGUGAAACUCUGGGCCAUUGACCGACAAUGUUUUCAAACAAUAAUGAUGAGGACAGGACUCAUCAAGCAUACUGAGUAUAUGGAAUUUUUAAAAAGCGUUCCAACAUUCCAGAGCCUUCCUGAGGAGAUCCUCAGCAAGCUUGCCGAUGUCCUUGAGGAGACCCACUAUGAAAAUGGAGAAUACAUUAUCAGGCAAGGUGCAAGAGGAGACACCUUCUUUAUCAUCAGCAAAGGAAAGGUAAAUGUCACUCGAGAAGACUCACCUAGUGAAGAUCCUGUCUUUCUUAGGACUUUGGGAAAGGGAGACUGGUUUGGAGAGAAAGCCUUGCAGGGGGAGGAUGUGAGAACUGCAAAUGUAAUUGCUGCAGAAGCUGUGACCUGCCUUGUGAUUGACAGGGAUUCUUUCAAGCAUUUGAUUGGAGGACUGGAUGAUGUUUCUAAUAAAGCAUAUGAGGACGCAGAAGCUAAAGCAAAAUAUGAAGCUGAAGCUGCUUUCUUCGCCAACCUGAAGCUGUCUGAUUUCAACAUCAUUGACACCCUUGGAGUUGGAGGUUUCGGACGAGUAGAACUGGUCCAGUUGAAAAGUGAAGAAUCCAAAACAUUUGCAAUGAAGAUUCUCAAGAAGCGCCACAUUGUGGAUACAAGACAGCAGGAGCAUAUUCGCUCAGAGAAGCAGAUCAUGCAGGGAGCUCAUUCUGACUUCAUUGUGAGGCUAUACAGGACAUUUAAAGACAGCAAAUAUUUGUAUAUGUUGAUGGAAGCUUGCCUAGGUGGAGAGCUCUGGACCAUUCUCAGGGAUAGAGGUUCAUUUGAAGAUUCUACAACCAGGUUUUAUACAGCAUGUGUGGUAGAAGCUUUCGCCUAUCUGCAUUCCAAAGGAAUCAUUUACAGGGACCUCAAGCCAGAAAAUCUCAUCUUAGAUCACCGAGGUUACGCUAAACUGGUUGAUUUUGGGUUCGCAAAGAAAAUAGGAUUUGGAAAGAAAACAUGGACUUUUUGUGGGACUCCAGAAUAUGUAGCCCCAGAAAUCAUUCUAAACAAAGGCCAUGACAUUUCAGCUGACUACUGGUCACUAGGAAUUCUAAUGUACGAACUUCUGACUGGCAGCCCACCUUUCUCAGGCCCAGAUCCUAUGAAAACCUAUAACAUCAUACUGCGGGGGAUUGACAUGAUAGAAUUUCCGAAGAAGAUUGCUAAAAAUGCUGCUAAUUUAAUUAAAAAACUAUGCAGGGAUAAUCCAUCAGAAAGGUUAGGAAAUUUGAAAAAUGGAGUGAAAGACAUUCAGAAACACAAAUGGUUUGAGGGCUUUAAUUGGGAAGGCUUAAGAAAAGGUACCUUGACACCUCCCAUUAUACCAAGUGUUGCGUCACCCACAGACACAAGCAAUUUUGACAGUUUCCCUGAGGAUAGUGAUGAACCACCACCUGAUGACAACUCAGGCUGGGACAUAGACUUCUAAUGCAUUUCUCUUACCUGCUUCUGCCUUGCUGAAGACAGCUUCUUCUGAGACACAGCUGCCAGCAAACUUGAGGGAAAGAGAGAAGAUUAGUGCUCGGGGUCACCAUGAUGCCUUUGAUCGAUGCUGCUCCAGUAACUACAGUGGCAUUAGAACUUAUUGCUUAGAUGACGAUAGUGCUCUUUACAUGUUUUAUGUUUGAACCUAAAAUAGCAGUUGACAUGGUGUCCUGAAGCAAAGCCUUUCACAGUAAAAUGAUGUUUUCUAUUAUUGCAAUGAUCUUGCUUUGCUCUGAUUAUAUUUUGAAAGUCUGUAGGAAACACUUCAAUCUAGUAGAAGAGUCUGUAUCUUGCCUGAAUUAUGAAGAAGAUGGGAGAAUAAUAUAUUUGGUACGAUAGAUGACUGUGGUACAGAACCUGGGCUAUUCCCUUUCAUCAAGGGAAGCGUGUGAAAUCUGUGACUGCACACCGGUGUGUAUAUCAUACAAAAAGGACCACACAUCUGUGGGUCACAGAGUUCAUGUCAAACCAGUGCUCGAAGUUUCAUGAUUUUAUUUCCCAGCAGUGCUGAUGACAAGACUGAAUGUUACCUUUUCUUUCUGACAGAUUUUAAACAUUGAUAAGAAAAAAGCACAACUGCUGUGGCGUCUGCCAAAGCCUCCCAGAGCGAAUAGACAUGUGUUUUUCAGAGGACUGAAAAAAGUCCGUGGUAUUUCUUGUUUCUUUUGAGAAAUUGGCAUGACAAAGUGAGGAAUAAAAAAAGAAUUCACAACAUCAUUUCAUAUUUUUAAAAAAUGCUGUGCUUAAAGGUGGUCCUGGAAAUGACUAGCAGCGAAUUGGCUUUAUUUAUUACCUAACAUAUCCUCAACUGAGGCUUAAAAUAUGCCCUUUUAUAAAAAUAAACCCUUGGGGCAGGGGUGGGAUAGGGUGGGGAGGAAGGAAGACCUAUCCAAAAAAUAAAAAUGAAAACUAUAUAGGUGCUAUGUAUAUCUUUCAUCUGUAACGUCAGUGUCUGAAUGGAUGACACAAAUUCUAAUCAUUACAUGUCUAGCCAGAGACACAAGCAUUCUCACUAAAUUCAUUGAACCAAAUUCCUGUCAGACAUCACCUUUACAACAUAGCCCAGGUUGAGAGAGAAGGGUUUUUUAAAAUGGAUUCAAACUAGUUUCUUGUCUUAGGCCUGAACCGAAACAGACAAAAAUAAAAAAGUUUGAAGGCACGAAGUCAUAGGCAUUAAAGUUUACUAGACCUGGGACCUUUUUUUAUUUGAGGUCAGGGAGGAAGAAAAGAUCCUGGCCAGGUGUUGAAUGUCUUCCCCUGGAUAAGCUGAUGCUUACCAAAGUAGGAAGGAGUUAGAAAAGGAACCAGAGAACUGAUUUUUUUAAUUUAGAUUUAUCUAAGUAGAACAGAGAAACUACAAUCCCAAAAUUUCACAUUAGUCAAAAAACUCGACUUGAAAAUAUCAAACUCUUGUCUUUUUUCACAUACAGAAAAGAAUCAUCAGAUGCAACUGAGUUUAUUGUUGGCAGUCAGCUGACCAUUGCUGGCUCUCGUAAGUAGUAGAGCCUUCCAGGAGCUUUUCCGGACAGGUAGCAUUAUACCUACACAGACAAAUGUAGAUCCUUCCCAAAUGUCAUCCUGAUGUGCAACUGUGUGUGAAUAAAGUUUUCUCUUUUUUACAGAGGGAUUCUUUUAAUCUAAUGUAGAAAUUUCUAUAAAAAUAUGGUGGCACAUGCCUGUAGUCCCAGCACUUGGGAGGCAGAGGCAGGUGGAUCUCUGUGAGUUCAAGGCCACCCUGGUCUACAUAAUGAGUUCCAGGACAGCUGGGGCUACAGGGAGACCCUACUUCAAAAAGACCAAAAAAAUGUUUAUUAGAUCUCUAUAGCCUAGCCAAUAAAUCAUGUUUUGUUUGAUUUUUUCAUUCUCAAAACUACUUUAGAAUAUGUUAUCUUAUCAAAAUAUAAUACUCUAAAAACUUUUAAACGUUAAAACUACUGAAAGUACAUAUAAUUAGAAUAAAGUGCAAUUAAAACUUUGGUCCUGGUAUUAUUGUUAUUGUAUUAGAGUUUUUCCAUCUUCAUGAGCAAUUUCUCAAGAGUAAUCUAUUCCCCAAGACAGCUGAAGAUUUUGACAAUUAAUGUAAAAUUAAACAUCAAUCUAAAAUCUAGUUCAAAUUUAUUUUUCUUUUAAUUGGGUUUUAAAACAUAGAAUUCCAACAUUAUCAUCAGUGUACAAAAACAUUAGUUGAAAGAUAGUGUGGCUUAGAUAUGCUAAAAUCUUUUUGGAAUAUUCAGGUUGUCUUGUCAUUUGUAAAGUACCUCUGCCUCUACAACUUUUCAAAUCCCCUCAAAUCCCCACCACUGACGGUGUGUUUUAGGAGUGUGGUUCAAGUCUAAGACAACCCAUGCAUACAUGUGUUCUGUGAAGGAGAAGGAAGUAGCGUUCAUCACAGUGUGUCUACGGGCUGUUUCUCCACCUGUUCUACAUCUUUGUUCAUUUCACCCACAGCAUUGAUUAGAAUGUCUAAAGCAAUCGCCAAAAAUAAAGGUGAACUGUAUCUUCCAAGAAUCGCUAACAGAAAACAUUCAUCAGAUUUUCACACUGAGUUUUAAGAAUUUAAAUCUUGUCUUUAAUGAAGACACUAGGGCUAUAAUUCAUGAUCAGCUUCACAAAAUACAUCUUACUUUCUACCUUUUCAUGUUCCCUGUUUUAUUUCCUUGCACUAAAGACCAUUCGGAUAAAUUAGAAUAGUGCCAAUUUGUUCGAUUUGCUAACUGACUUUCUUGCUAACAUGUUUCAGUGUGGGAAAUAGGGCUUUCUGUGUGUCAUAACUCACAGAAAACUGAAAACUGCCAAGGAAGGAACAUCAUCAUAUUUUGGGUAGAUUGAAUUCACACAUUAGAGAAAAUGAUUCCUAAAAAACUCUCAUCUCUGGCUCUUUAAAUUUAUUACCUUGUUAUUCAGAUGUGGGUCAGAUUCAUACAGCAGUUAAAAGAAAUUUACUUUGAUUAUUAUCUUCACAAAUCAUACUUUUUCUUAUAUUAUAGAAUGUACAUGUGAAUUACACAUGUAGAAUAUCUGAGCUAAUCUUUCUCACUUCAUUUCUAAAUAACAGAACUGAUGAUGAACUUAAAGUCAGCUACCAGAUUGAACACAGAGGUAUCAAAACCAACUUUAUACAAAGCAGAGAUGUUCUGUGCAUUAUCCAUAACAACGUUCUCUUUCACAAUAGGACCACAACAAAUAUUUAUGUAAAUAAUAUUUUUGUGUGAUAUUUUGUGGUAACAUAUAACUUUUUUUAGUGUUUCACAGCAUUAUUAUUUCAUUUUAUUUGUAUUAAAUAAUGUUUUAGGUCCAAGUAGACUUGAAUCAAUGUCAUAAUUGUCAGUAUUAUUGAAAAUUAUGUCAACAGUACUGUUAUUCAUCUGUCCUGUAGUAUAGACCUGGCUAUCUGGCAUUGUUGCAAGUGCCUUAAAUUCAUGGCAUCUUAUUAAAAAAACAAAUUUGGUGUUAUGCUGCAUGAUAAAGACAAACACACCUCAAAAUGUUGUCCUUUCUUAGCUUGCUGCGUUUUACAGUUCUUUCUGCUAACGAUUUAUAAGCCUUUAUUAUAUAAUAUUGAUGAUUACAGAAAUGAUGAAGUUGUUAUCUUAUUUCUGUUAAAUGUACCAGAGCUGUGUAUCUGUUAAUGAGAUACAGCGUCAUUUCUGUGAAAUGUAUAAGUGUACGUGCAGGUCAAAUUAAUAUAUGACAUACUAUCAGUCUGUAUACAGGUAUUCCUGUUUUGCUAAGCUGUGCAGAUUCAGUAAAUAAAGAAUAGUGCAGUCAAGUUCUAACGCAUCUCAUUUUGUAGACACCGUCAACAUUGGUCCAAUCGAAAGCAAAAAUUGAAAAUGACUGCUAACCACACUUCAUUAUGAAAUCAGUGAUGAAAAUGUAUCUUGGUGCACCACUCAACAAAACAGGAUGCUUUCUCCGAGUUCUUGUGUAUGCAAAUCGUGUAUGAGGCAAGUUUUUAACAGACCUUGAAAGCAAAACAUUGAAAGUAUGUUGUUUAGCCCUCCUCUUUUUCUGCCCCUGCAUCAACAGACAGAGCUCUGGGACCUUGACCAUGACUCAGAGGUUUGGGCUUUCUGAGUAAAGGAACAUUUCUUUAAGCAUCAUUUAUCAAGUUUAUUUUAAAUGUAUGAUGUUUUUACAAAUGGUCAGUUCUUUUGUAUUCUUACAGCUAUGGUUAUCUGAUUGUCCUCUUACAAUUUGUUCUACAUGAAAGAGUCCUUUGUUAGAAUGCAACAAACUGUCAUCAAAUGGUCACUGACCACUUGCACUCUUUUGAUGUAGAUUAAAAACUUUUCAUAAACUUAACCUGCUUUGAUUUGCUUUGUAUUUUUCCUGCAGCUGUAAUUGCAGAGUGCCUGUUGUAUACUUUAUAGAGUUGAAAUAAAAAAAUAAUUACUUUUGAA